ACGAAGUUGGGGGUGACUCCCAAGGGUUCUGACACUGAAGCCCACGCCAAAGCCACCUGGGAGUCCUGCCGCGCUCUGUCGCAGAGGACCAGGAGUUCUCUGACCUCGAGUCAAGCUCCCCCGCCCUCCCAGUACGUCCGGGGUCCAUCCUAUCCUGGAAGGACUGGGCCUUGGGGCCUCGCGUGGGUGUCAGCAGCCUGGACCCUGGUCCGGGGGCCGCUGGGGCUGGUUCCGGGGCCUGGAGGAGCUGCGGGAAGCGGAGGCGGCUCGGGAGACGCUGGAUCGAAGCGGGCGCAGACACCCGAAACGGCUGGGGUGGCCGCGAGCCGGCUGCUGAGUAAUCCUGGGCGGCGGGUGGGGGCGGCCGGGCGCCCACGUUCCCCGCGCAGCAGCCGGGCGGCGGCUCCGCCUCCGCGUCCCUUCCCGCCCCCUGCCGGCGGCUUUGCUCGGCUCCCGGCAGGUCGGAGCGGGGCUCGGGGAGCGCGGGCCGCUGCAGCCGCCUCCCGCACCUCGCCUCGGCCCGCGCGGAGCCUCGUGCGCCCAUGGCCGGCUCGGAGCAGCAGCGGCCGCGGCGGAGGGACGAAAUCGAACCGGACGCGGCGGCGGCGGCGGCGGCGGCGGCGGCGCCCAUGCAGGACGCGGAGCUGGCCCUGGCUGGCAUCAACAUGCUGCUCAACAACGGCUUCAGGGAGUCGGAUCAGCUUUUCAAACAAUACAGAAAUCAUAGUCCACUAAUGAGUUUUGGAGCCAGCUUUGUGAGUUUUUUGAACGCCAUGAUGACCUUUGAGGAGGAGAAGAUGCAGUUGGCGUGCGAUGACCUAAAAACCACGGAGAAGCUGUGUGAGAGCGAAGAAGCUGGCGUCAUCGAGACAAUUAAGAAUAAAAUCAAGAAGAAUGUUGAUGCCCGCAAAUCUGCCCCCUCGAUGGUUGAUCGACUUCAGAGGCAAAUCAUUAUUGCUGACUGCCAGGUCUACCUGGCUGUGCUCUCGUUUGUGAAACAAGAACUAUCAGCCUAUAUCAAAGGUGGGUGGAUCCUUAGGAAAGCCUGGAAGAUUUACAAUAAGUGCUAUGUGGACAUCAACGCCCUGCAGGAGCUGUAUCAGAAGAAGCUAACAGAAGAACCCUUAUCUUCUGAUGCCGCAAACGAUAAUCACGUAGUGGCUGAAGGGGUGACUGAGGAGUCCCUAAACAGACUGAAAGGUGCUGUCAGCUUUGGAUAUGGCCUUUUUCACCUUUGCAUAUCCAUGGUGCCCCCAAACCUGCUCAAAAUCAUCAACCUGCUGGGGUUCCCUGGAGACCGCCUGCAGGGCCUUUCUUCACUGACGUGUGCGAGCGAAAGUAAGGACAUGAAGGCCCCUCUAGCUACAUUAGCUCUGUUGUGGUACCACACGGUGGUCCGCCCAUUCUUUGCCUUGGAUGGCAGUGACAGCAAAGCCGGCCUGGACGAAGCUAAGGAGAUUCUUCUCAAAAAGGAAGCCGCUUAUCCCAACUCCUCCCUCUUCAUGUUCUUCAAGGGGCGGAUCCAGCGACUAGAGUGUCAAAUCAACAGUGCCUUGACUUCCUUCCACACUGCUUUGGAACUCGCCAUUGAUCAGAGGGAGAUUCAGCAUGUCUGUCUAUAUGAAAUCGGCUGGUGCAGCAUGAUUGAGCUCAACUUCAAGGAUGCAUUUGACUCCUUUGAGAGGCUGAAAAAUGAGUCCAGAUGGUCGCAGUGCUAUUAUGCGUAUUUGACUGCAGUUUGUCAGGGGGCCACUGGUGACGUGGAUGGUGCACAGCUUGUAUUUAAAGAAGUCCAGAAGCUGUUUAAAAGGAAAAACAACCAGAUUGAACAGUUCUCAGUCAAAAAGGCUGAAAGAUUUCGGAAGCAAACCCCAACCAGAGCUCUGUGUGUGCUGGCAUCCAUCGAAGUGCUGUACUUGUGGAAAGCCCUUCCUAACUGCUCCUUCCCCAACCUGCAGAGGAUGAGUCAAGCUUGCCAUGAAGUGGAUGAUUCUUCUGUCAUUGGAUUGAAGCAUUUGCUCCUUGGUGCCAUACACAAAUGUCUCGGAAACUCAGAAGAUGCUGUUCAGUUCUUCCAGCGCGCUGCUAAAGAUGAGCUGUGUCGUCAGAAUAACAUGUAUGUCCAGCCGUACGCGUGCUAUGAACUUGGCUGUCUCCUGCUAGGCAGGCCGGAGACUGUAGGAAGAGGCAGAACUCUACUCCUUCAGGCAAAGGAGGAUUUUUCUGGCUACGACUUUGAAAACAGAUUGCACGUCCGCAUCCACGCUGCUCUGGCCUCUCUGAAGGAACUGGUCCCUCAGUGAGAAACUCCGAGCGACCCCUCUGUCCCCUCCACCCAGGGUCAGCACUUUGAACGCAGAGGAGAAAGGCCUUUGAAGAUGAGCUUCUCUCCUGCAGACCACCUGUUCCAGGGUGGGUUCUGUGCCGCUGGCGUCAAGCAUCCCUCUUUUAAACAUGUAGCUUCAGAGUAAUAAAGAUGUCGAAAAUGAUAAAAGUAACCGACCUGGGAGAGGGUUAAGUGACCUUGUUCAAACAUUUUAGUUUUGUGAUUUAUUAUUUUUAAAAUAAAAAUCAAACUAAAGAUUCA